AAUUUUGGUGAGUAUAUUGUAGGCUAAUAUUUAUUCACACAGAUUGCUGAACCUGGGAAAAUACCUGCAAAAUUAGAUACAACAAGACCCCUUUGCUUCUUGGGAGCAUUUUAUUUGUUUUUCUUAUUGAAGAGAGAGUUUGAAAGUGCUUAUUACAGAGUAGCUCUCCUAAUGGAAAGUGACUCAAAAUGAAGAAGUCUCAGUUCAAGGCCUCUUUUUUUUUUUAAACUCUUAGUGAAAAGGAAGUGAAUGUGAGGUAAAUCACAUUAACUUAAAGCACCACAGAGAUGAAACUUAAAGCCGGAAGAAACGUAUAUCAUCCGUGUACUGAAUGGGAGCGCAUUUGUGUCAUGUGAAUAGACAUGACAAAAACGGCCCUUCUUAAACUAUUUGUGGCAAUAGUAAUUACAAUUAUUUUAAUUUUGCCAGAAUAUUUCAAGACACCAAAAGGAAAUGUGUUGGAGCUAUCAUGUCUGGAAGUGUGUUUACAACAUAAUUUCACCUAUUCACUCUCCGUGUUGAACUUUUCUUUCAUGACCCUUCUGCAACCAGUAAGGGAAGGUCAGAUUAUUAGAGGGAUCUUUCUAAAUCAGUCCAGCUUUCAAAACUUCACCAAGCUUUGCCAAGACAUCAUGAGCGAAUUUAAAAUGUGCUCCUCAUGUUUGGUUUGUGAGUCCAAAGGAAACAUGGAUUUUAUUUCUCAGGAACAAACAUCAAAAGUUCUUGUCAUGAGAGAAUCAAUGAAUGUGAAAGCAAGUGAUUUUCAUUUACCUUGUCAACAUUUUAACUUCACUGUAGCUUCGAUAGUUGACCCCUUGGAGGAAUACAACAUUACCUGUAAUCUAAAUACCCACACUAGAAAGUCAGCAAUCAUGGUGGAAGAUUCAGCCAAGGAAAAUUCUAUAAACCAUUCUUGUAGAAUUACAGAAGGCCUGAAUAGCUGUAUCCACGUUUCUUUGCACCUAGAAAUGGAUAUAAAAAGUGUCAUUUGUUCCAUGAAGAUCACUUGGUAUGUUUUAGUUCUAUUAAUUUUUAUAUUAUUGAUCAUCUUCGUUAUCCAUAAAAUACUUGAAGGCCAUAGGAGAAUGCAGAAAUGGCAGAGUCAUAAAUACAAACCUACAUCUGUUCUCUUAAGAGAGAGUGAUUCUGAGAAACUGCGAACAUUGAACGUGCGGGUUAUUUUAGGGGAAUUUUACCAACCUCUAAAAAACAGGAGAGACCAUGCAGAGGCAGCCCCCGACUCAGGUCAACAUGCUGCUUGCUCCAAUACCAGAACUAGAAGUCACUUCUGCAAUGUAUCAGUGAGAUCAACACACACAAUUUGAAUUCCUCUGGACUAUUUGGACUGAACUCAUUUGAAGAAUGCUCCUGAUUUUAUUCCGGAAAUAAGUAAGCUGGUGAAUGUUUGGGUCCAGCUGAGGAUGCCCAAUAGGAAAGCAGGAACGCUGACUGGAUGAUGAAAAUUAGCUAAAGAGCAUUCAUUUGACCCACAAGAGGAAGGGAAGGAAAGCUUUCGGGAAGCCAUUAUGAGUCAUGGAAAACAAGCUGUGGAAACCUACUGAAAGAGCAAGAGAAUUCUUAAUCUCCUUGCUUAACAGCUUAACAUGGGCCCAAGGUGUUAAUUUUGAGGAACCAAACGCAGGGUCAAGGGUGACAAUCCUUCCUCUCAUUGGCACACAUCACAGAUUCCGAUUUGAUGGUUUUUCCUCUGCAGAUGGAUUGUUUCCAUGUGAUAGAUUACUUAAGAGGGUCUGGGUUGUUUGUUUCUACAUUUAUUCAAAUUUAUAUAUUUUGCCUCUUGUUGGUAUUGCUAGUUUUUUUUUUUUUUUUUAAAAAAAUCAAAGAUACCAAAAUAAAAUGAAUUUAAAGUAAAGACUUGAAAAUUUAAAUCUAAUAGCAAAAUGUUUCCUCUGGUUUUUUUUGGCUUACUGUUAUAGCCAUCACUGAUGUCAACAAUCAUGAUAAUAAUAACUAUAGCUGUUAAUUGCAAUGAAAGGCACAUACAGGUAAGAGCGCAGCUCUUAACACUGAAAAAUAUAAAAAUAGCCUCCCAGAGUGAAGGUGGACCUUACUCUCUUGGCAUCAUUAUAUGAUUACUUAAAAGUGCUUAUCUGAGUAGGUUUCCAGAUAAUCUAACUGCAGGGUCAGAUUUAACAUCGGGCAACCUGACAGGAAUAAGUUAUUUUGGCACACAGAGGUUUUUCUGGUACUUCAUUCUUUUGCUAGAUCACAAACUGAGAUUCUAACUGUAAAAUUUAGGGACUGAAGGUUUGGCAAAUGGAAUCCUACUAGUCUCACUUUUUCUUGCCUGUGUAUCUCUAAUUAAUAGGUGGCCCAACCUCAAGUAUGGGAUUUUUAAGCAGGAGUUUAGGGGUGUCACACUCAUAACUAUUGCCAUCGAGUCGAUACCUACUCAUAGCAACCCUGUAGGACAGAGUAGAACUGCCCCAUAUGGCUUCUAAGCCUGUAAUCUACA